AUGAGGACUGAUGCUUCAUUCAGCGAUAAUGGCUUUGAUUCCGGGUUCUUUGCUGACAAUACUAGAAAAGGAAGCGUAGUGUCAAGAGCAAAUAGUAUAACAUCCAACACAGGCUCCACCAGUGCCUCCUCUGUACCUAACACAGAUGAUGAAGAUAGUGAUUACAGGCAGGAACUUGCCUAUAAAGAAACUUAUAAGGACCGACGGAGACAGGCUCACACACAGGCUGAGCAAAAGAGACGGGAUGCCAUCAAGAAAGGAUAUGAUGAAUUACAGUCAAUCGUCCCUACGUGCCAACAACAAGAUUUCUUGAUUGGAUCCCAGAAAUUGAGUAAAGCCACAGUUCUUCAGAAAACUAUUGAUUACAUCCAGUUUCUGCACAAGGAGAAAAAGAAGCAAGAGGAAGAACUCUCCACUCUGCGCAAAGAUGUCAUGGCUCUAAAGAUUAUGAAGGCACACUGCGGGAGAUCGUGGUUGGGGUACUACAGCAGUUAAACAGUCAGCUGCAUUGAGUUGCCAGGUGUUUAUCAUUGCUGGACUGAGAGCAGAAUUAUACUCUGGAAUUUCUAGAAAUAUGAUAUGAGCUCUGAUAUCAGUGAAAAAUUAAUAUUGAAGCAAAUGGCUGAAACAGUUUGCACUCUUUAUUCUAAUUAAAGAUGUGAAUUGACAUUGA